AUGUCGUCUAAACUAAAUUUACUCGGAUCAGAAAAUGCAAAACUUAUGGGUAAGAACGCUUCACUCUUGGCUAAGAAAGCGGAACUUAUGGCUAUAAUCAUAGAGUUAGAACAGACCGCCAGCGAAAAAU